AUGGCACUUCGGCUUGCUUCACGUAAACUGAGUCCGAUAACCUCCUCAAUACGUCAUAGAAAAAUCGGUUCAGCCACUAAAUAUGUCCCUUUAUUUGAAACGGUUCAUAUGCCGGAGACUAAGGUGACUACUUUGGCAACUAACGGUUUUCGAAUAGCUUCUGAGAACUGGAAUACUCCUACAUGCACGGUUGGCGUUUGGGUGGACGUCGGUAGUCGAUAUGAAACAGAAUCUAAUAAUGGUGUGGCUCAUUUCCUUGAGCACAUGGCUUUCAAGGGGACUGAAAAGAGGAGUCAGCAGUCUUUAGAACUUGAAGUGGAAAACAAAGGUGCUCAUCUGAAUGCAUACACAUCUCGUGAGAUGACGGUGUAUUAUGCGAAGUGUUUUGUUGAGGAUCUACCUUGGGCGGUUGAACUAUUAUCGGAUAUAUUGAAGAACAGCAAGUUUGAGAACAGUCAGGUUGAACGUGAAAGAGGGGUCAUUUUACGGGAAAUGGAGGAAAUUGAGAGUAAUUACCAAGAAGUCGUCUUUGAUUACCUGCACGCAACUGCUUAUCAAGGGACUCCUCUUGGAAGAACGAUUCUCGGACCUAUAGAAAAUGUCAAGUCUUUGAAAGCCAGUGAUAUGAAGAGUUUUAUCAAACAGAACUAUAAAGCACCACGAAUGGUGCUCAGCGCUGCAGGAGGAGUCGACCAUAAGCAACUGUGCGACCUUGCGGAGAAACAUUUUGGCGAUCUCCAGGCAUCUUAUCAGGAAGGUGAAGGGGUACCAAGCCUACAACGCUGUCGUUUUACAGGCUCUGAAAUUCGUGACAGAGACGAUGCUAUGCCAGUAGCUCAUGCUGCAAUAGCGUUCGAGGGUCCCGGUUGGCAAAGUUCAGACACAUUGGCACUGAUGGUUGCAAGCAGUCUGCAUGGUGCUUGGGAUAGAAGUUAUGGGGGAGGAUUUAAUGUUGCCAGCAAGCUGGCCUCCAAGUUUUUUAUGGAAAAUUCGGUACACAGUUUCCAGCAUUUCUUUACUUGCUACCAUGAUACUUCUUUGUGGGGAGUUUACUUAACAGCAGAAAAGAUGGGUUUGGGUGAAUCUGUUGGAGAAUUCCUUAAAGAAUUCGUCCGUAUGUGUACUCAAGUUACUCAGCAUGAAAUCGACAGAGCAAAGAAUCAAUUGAAAACUCAUCUCCUUUUGCAGUUAGAUGGCACCACGCCUAUUUGUGAAGAAAUUGGUCGGCACAUGUUGGUGUAUGGUCGUCGUAUACCUAUAACUGAGUUGCUAGCCAGAAUUGAUGCGCUCAAUGCUGAACAUGUUAGGGAAAUAUGCAUGAAGUACUUCUUUGAUAAAUGCCCUGCCGUCGCGUCCAUCGGUCCAGUGGAAACCAUGCUUGAUUACAAUCGUAUUCGGGAUAAAACUUGGUGGCUUCUUCUAUAG